GCUGGUUUCGCCCGUAGUGAGUUGGGCGGCUCAUGCAGGCAAACAUCAGCUGAGCGUUGUCCAUUCUGGCAUGAGUAAAACGCAAACGUUUACCGCAGUAAGAGAGUAAAAGUGCCCGUCAGCCAUGUGGAUCACACCGGAGGAGGUGUUACUGGCCAACGCGCUGUGGGUGAGCGAGCGCGCGAAUCCAUACUUCAUCCUGCAGAGAAGGAAGGGACACGGGCGCGGAGGAGGCAUCACGGGUCUGCUUGUUGGGACUCUGGAUGUGGUUCUGGACUCCAGUGCUCGUGUGGCACCGUACAGGAUUCUGCAUCAAACUGGAGAGUCUCAGAUCUUCUGGAACAUCGCCUGUGGCUCGUCCCGUAAGGAGAUCACUGAACACUGGGAGUGGCUGGAGACGAAUCUUCUGCAGACUCUGUCCAUCUUCGACAACGAUGAUGACAUCACCACCUUCGUCAAGGGCAAAAUACAGGGCAUCAUCGCUGAGGAGAAUAAAGGCGGGAAACCUCAGGAGGACGAGGAUCCUGGGAAGUUUCGUGAGGCAGAGCUGAAGAUGCGGAAGCUGUUUGGGAUGCCAGAAGAGGAGAAGCUGGUCAACUAUUACCCCUGCAGCUACUGGAAGGGCCGGGUCCCGCGGCAGGGCUGGAUUUACCUGUCCGUAAACCACCUGUGCUUCUACUCAUUCCUGUUGGGCAAAGAGGUGUCUCUGGUGGUGCAGUGGACGGAUGUCACUCAGCUGGAUAAGAACGCCACGCUGGUGUUCCCAGAGAGCAUUCGCGUGAGCACUCGAGACACCGAGCACUUCUUCUCCAUGUUUCUCAACAUCAACGAGACCUUCAAGCUGAUGGAGCAGCUGGCGAACAUCGCUAUGAGGCAGCUUCUUGACAACGAGAGCUUCGCCGCAGACCGCUCGCUCCCAAAACCUGCUAACAAGACCCUUAAGAAUGUCUCUGCACUCAAGAGAGAUCUGGACGCCCGAGCGAAGAACGAGCGCUACAGGGCUCUGUUCCGGCUGACGCAGGACGAGCGUCUGGACGGACACACCGACUGCACACUCUGGACACCCUUCGCCAAGAUGCACGUCGUGGGGCAGAUGUUUGUGUCCAACAACUACAUCUGUUUCACCAGUCGAGAAGAGGACCUGUGUCAGCUCAUCAUUCCACUCAGAGAGGUGACGAUUGUGGAGAAAGCGGACAGCAGCAGCGUUCUGCCCAGUCCCCUGUCCAUCAGCACUAAAAACAAGAUGACCUUCCUGUUUGCAAACCUCAAAGACCGAGACUUCCUGGUUCAGCGAAUCUCUGACUUCCUGCAGCGCACGCCGGACGGGCCCUGUGGACUCCUUCAGUCUGAGAACCCCAGUCCCAGCACACCUCCGUCUCCUCCAGUGCUUAGCCUCUCAGAAUCAGCCCAGAUGCAGCACUACAGCCCCAGUCUGCCCACCGCCAGGAAGGGGCUCCUGCAGAUCUACCAGCAGGAUGUCCCGGAGGAGCUCGGGCCCAAAGUGACGAGAGAGAAGAUGAAGGAGGAAUCGUGGAAGAUCCAUUUCUUUGAGUUUGGCCGUGGAGUGUGUAUGUACCGCACGUCUAAAACCAGGGAACUGGUGCUCAACGGCAUACCUGAGAGUCUGAGAGGAGAACUCUGGCUGCUGUUCUCAGGGGCGCAGAAUGAGAUGGCAACUCACCCUGGUUACUAUGGCAACCUGGUGGAGCAGGCGAUGGGGAGAUGCACCCUAGCGACGGAGGAGAUCGAGCGAGACCUUCACCGCUCCAUGCCGGAGCACCACGCUUUCCAGAACGAGACUGGUAUUGCUGCGCUCAGACGAGUGCUGACCGCAUACGCUUACAGAAACCCCGGCAUCGGAUACUGCCAGGCGAUGAACAUUGUGACGUCAGUAUUGUUGUUGUACUGCACUGAAGAGGAGGCGUUCUGGCUGCUGGUGGCGCUAUGUGAGCGGAUGCUGCCCGACUAUUACAACACUCGAGUUGUUGGAGCGCUGGUGGAUCAGGGUGUGUUUGAGGAGCUGACGCGCGAGUGUUUGCCGCUGCUGUAUGAGCACAUGCAGGAUCUGGGCGUGAUCUCCACCAUCUCUCUGUCCUGGUUCCUCACACUCUUCCUCUCCGUCAUGCCCUUCGACAGCGCUGUGCUGCUGGUCGACUGCUUCUUCUACGAGGGCAUCAAAGUCAUUUUCCAGGUGUCAUUAGCUGUGCUACAUGCUAACAUGGAUCAACUGCUGUCCUGUUCAGAUGAAGGAGAAGCCAUGACUAUUCUGGGCCGGUAUCUGGAUAAUGUUGUGAAUAAGCAGACAGUUUCUCCACCCAUUCCCCACCUUCACGCCCUGUUGACCAGUGGCAACAGCCCUCCACCUGAGAUCGACGUCUUUGAGCUCAUUAAAUCGUCCUAUGAGAAGUUUGGGAGUCUACGCGCUGACAUCAUUGAACAGAUGAGGUUCAAGCAAAGGUUAAAGGUCAUCCAGUCGCUUGAAGACACGGCCAAGAGGAGUGUGGUGAGAGCGAUCAUGACUGAGUCUGCCUUUACCAUCGAGGAGCUGGAAGAACUCUAUGUACUUUUCAAGGCGAAGCACAUCAUGAGUUGUUACUGGGGUGCGAGCAGCACGCCGGCAGAGCGUCACGACCCGAGUCUGCCGUAUCUGGAGCAGUACCGCAUCGACUGUGGGCAGUUCGUCCAGCUCUUCUCGGCUCUGGCGCCCUGGAGCUGCGGCCUGCACACACACACACUGUCUAGCCGCCUCUUCCGUCUGCUCGACCACAACAAGGAUUCGCUCAUCAACUUCAAAGAGUUCGUCACCGGACUCAGUGGGAUGUAUCAUGGAGAUAUGACGGAGAAACUGAAGCUCCUCUACAAGCUGCACCUGCCUCCAGCGUUGUGUCCAGAGGAAGCAGAGUCUGCACUGGAGGCCACACAGUUCUUCACUGAUGAUGACACACCGCAGGGGGAGUCUCAUUCUUCUGAUAUUGAGCUUGUGUUUUUUUAA